AUGGCUUCGCGAUCGCUUGCGCAGGUUGGUCGCUUUGCCACGGCCCGCCUCCGUCAUUCUCCACUAUUUUCUGUUACCCUAGCGCAAGCUCAAGCUGCUGACAAGAAUGUUUCUAAAACCGCAAGUGCUGCCGGGUCGAAAGGGAAGAUUGUAGCUGUUAUUGGUGCUGUCGUCGACGUUCAGUUCGAUGAGAAUUUGCCACCAAUCCUCAACGGUCUCGAAGUCACCGGACGCUUCCCUCGUCUUAUACUCGAAGUAUCGCAACAUCUAGGUGAUAACGUUGUACGCUGUAUAGCUAUGGAUGGUACUGAAGGUCUUAUUCGUGGACAGGAGGUCGUAGAUACAGGAGAUCCAAUUAAAAUUCCUGUUGGACCCGAGACACUUGGGCGUAUUAUGAAUGUCAUAGGAGAACCGAUUGAUGAACGAGGUCCUAUUCUCUCAAAGCACCGUGCUCCAAUCCAUGCAGAAGCUCCUGCGUUCGUUGAAAUGUCUGUAGAACAGGAGAUUCUUGUAACCGGGAUCAAAGUUGUGGACCUACUUGCUCCUUAUGCCAAGGGUGGAAAAAUUGGUCUCUUUGGUGGUGCCGGAGUGGGGAAGACUGUGCUUAUUAUGGAACUGAUUAACAAUGUCGCUAAAGCUCACGGUGGUUACUCGGUCUUUGCUGGUGUUGGUGAGCGCACUCGUGAGGGUAAUGAUCUGUACCAUGAAAUGAUCGAAGGAGGAGUUAUUGAUCUUAAGGGCAACAAUUCCAAAGUGUCUCUGGUGUAUGGACAGAUGAACGAACCUCCUGGUGCGCGAGCUCGUGUAUGUCUGACUGGUCUGACUGUCGCUGAGUAUUUCCGUGAUAAGGAAGGACAGGAUGUGCUCCUUUUUAUUGACAACAUUUUCCGUUUCACCCAGGCAGGCUCGGAAGUGUCUGCACUUCUCGGACGAAUCCCAUCUGCUGUCGGAUACCAACCAACACUUGCAACUGAUAUGGGUAGCAUGCAAGAGCGUAUUACUACAACAACAAAAGGGUCCAUUACUUCCGUGCAGGCCAUUUACGUUCCUGCUGACGAUUUGACUGAUCCCGCUCCUGCUACCACUUUUGCUCAUCUGGACGCUACCACUGUAUUGUCUCGUGGUAUUGCGGAAUUGGCGAUUUAUCCUGCUGUCGAUCCACUCGAUUCCACCUCUCGUAUUAUGGACCCCAACAUUGUUGGACAAAAGCAUUACGACAUUGCACGUGGAGUACAAAAGAUUCUUCAGGAUUACAAGUCGCUCCAAGAUAUUAUAGCUAUCCUUGGUAUGGACGAAUUAUCUGAGGAUGAUAAGCUGACAGUAUCCCGUGCUCGAAAGAUUCAGCGUUUCUUGUCCCAGCCAUUCCAAGUAGCAGAAGUCUUCACUGGUCACGCCGGAAAAUUCGUUUCAUUAGAAGAGACUAUUCGCGGUUUUGAAAUGAUUUUGAAAGGAGAGCUGGACCAUCUGCCAGAAGUCGCUUUUUACAUGCAAGGGGGGAUCGACGAUGUGUUCGCAAAAGCUGAAGAACUCGCUAAGCAACAUAGCGGCUAG